AACGACCCCUAGAUGUACUUGAACAUUCUCUCGCUCUGCUCGCAGUCUUGAACAAAGUAGGAUAAUAUUUCUGGGAUGCAGACUGAAAUAUCCUCAGUGGGUGUGUCACUUUGUGGUGCGUGGCUGGGGAUUUGAGUGUUGUUUUCAAACCAAUCUAAGAACGCAACCAGCGAUUACAAAUAGUAAGUAAGUGUCUUCUUUCGUUUCUUUCUGUAUCAUUUAAUCUGAGUAAUUACACCAGCAUCUGCUUACAGAGACAGAUCAUUUAGAGAUGUUUUCGCUACAUUUUUGUAUGGUCGUAUUAUGUGAUACAUAAGUGACAGGCGAUAUCGGGGGGUGGGGGGGUGGAGGGUGGGGAGAUGUUGGGCAUGAUUUCGCGUAGUAAAGAGAUCUGACAUAUGUCACAUACAUCAAUGACAGCAAACACAGGAGGGAGGUGUUACAGGGGGGAUGAGUUUGCGUAACAAAAAAAAAUAUGGCAUAUGUCACACACAUCUAUCACAGGAUAUCACGGGGGAGAUGUAGGUAGGGGAGUAAGAGUUGUAAACACAUGUGACGUGUGUUAUACACAGCAAUGACAGCGCAUACUAACACAUGACCGCUUUGCUAUUCUAGCACAAAAUUUUACAAAAAAAAGUGAAUUGAAACAAAUGUGGCUAUCUCAUGCUAUUUCCAUUAAGUUUUUUUUUUAAAAAUAAAGAUUACGGAAUGGUGAAUUUAUUCAUCUGAAAGAACAAAACAAAAAUGCAAAUAUUCAAAUAUUAUUUAAAAAGAAACAUUUGUUAAAUACUAUUUUUUGUUGGUUGGUGUGAGUAGUGGUGUGGGAGUGUGGGGUGGUUUGGGCUCGAGGAGAGCUUAAGGGACUGAGCAAAUGUGCAUUGAACGGCAAACAUUGCAUAAAGUUCAGCUCUAGGAGAGCUUAAGGGACUGAGCAGAUGUGCAUUGAAAGGGCAAACAUUGCAUAGAGUUCAGCUGCAAGAAAACCCAUGUUCCCUUAUAUCUGUUGAUCAUCGACCAAUGUUGGACUAAUUUGUUGCUGCACCAGUUUCUUGUUGGACCAGUUUGUUGAUGGACCAGUUUCUUGUUGGACAAAUUUGUUGCUGGACCAGUUUGUUGUUGGACCAGUUUGUUGUUGGAACAGUUUGUUGCUGGACCAUUUUUUUGUUGGACCAGUUUCUUGUUGGAUCAGUUUGAUAUUGGACCAGUUUAUUGUUGGAUCAGUUUGUUGCUGGACCAGUUUGUUGUUGGACCAGUUUGUUGCUGGACCAGUUUGUUGCUGGAUCAGUUUGUUCCUGGACCAGUUUGUUGUUGCACCAGUUUCUUGCUGGACCAGUUUUUUGCUGGACCAGUUUCUUGUUGGACAAGUUUGUUGCUGGACCAGUUUGUUGUUGGACCCGUUUGUUGUUGGAACAGUUUGUUGCUGGACCAGUUUUUUGUUGGACCAGUUUCUUGUUGGAUCAGAUUGUUGUUGGGCCAGUUUGUGGUUGGACCACUUUGUUUUGUUGCUUGAUCAGUUUGUUGCUGGACCAGUUUGUUGUUGCAGCAGUUUGUUGCUGGACCAGUUUUUCGCUGGACCAGUUUCUUGUUGGAUUAGUUUGUUGCUGGACCAGUUUGUUGUUGGACCAGUUUGUUGUUGGAACAGUUUGUUGCUGGACCAGUUUUUUGUUGGACCAGUUUCUUGUUGGAUCAGAUUGUUGUUGGGCCAGUUUGUGGUUGGACCACUUUGUUGUUGGAUCAGUUUGUUUUUGGACCAGUUUCUUGUUGGACCAGUUUGUUGUUGGACCAGUUUCUUGUUGGACCAGUUUGUUGUUGGACCAGUUUGUUGCGGGACCAGUUUGUUGCUGGACCAGUUUUUUGCUGGACCACAUUGUUGCUGGACCAGUUUGUUGCUUGAUAAGUUUGUUGUUUGAUCAGUUUGUUGUUGGACCAGUUUGUUGUUGGACCAGUUUCUUGUUGGACCAGUUUGUUGGUGGACCAGUUUCUUGUUGGACCAGUUUGUUGCGGGACCAGUUUGUUGCUGGACCAGUUUGUUGCUGGAUCAGUUUGUUGUUGGAUCAGUUUGUUGUUGGACCAGUUUGUUGUUGGACCAGUUUCUUGCUGGACCAGUUUUUUGUUGGACCAGUUUGUUACUUACCUAGUGUUAACAUCCUUGCAUUUUACCCGGGGAUGCUCGCCGGACUGCUGGAGCCAAUCUGACAACGACCAAGAUCAUGGAGGAAACCUCUCUCCCCCUCCCUCCCCCACCCUCACAAUGCAUCCGAUUUAUCAGUGAGAAAAGAAUCCCUCUCUCUCAGUUUCUAAACUCCAAACCUCAGAUACUGUGAAGUUCCUCUGACCGGUUUGCACUACUGCGCACCCCCCCCACCUUCCCCCGCGCGCACUUGCCUCUCUCUACUGGACUGAACUGGUUUGCUCUAUUUCGCCAUAAUAACUUGUCCCGCCCAUCCACAUUGCUCCUGGACCGGCUUCCUCUACUUCGCAGAGAUACCUUCUCGUGUCGCUCCACUUUGCUCCUGGACCAACCUUAAAUAUUUCGAUUCAUCAUUCCUUAUAACUCCCACAUAAUUGAUUAAUAAUAGAGUUCAGCGUUUAAAAAAAAAGAAUAAUUUUUAGAUAUAUCAUUAAAAAACUGAAGCAUCUUGAUGACUUAAGACAGCGUUGUCGUACUCACCUUUAACAACAACCAAAAAUAUGCGAUUCUGUUGAAUUGAUCAAGUUUUAAUACAUAUGUACUGGAACACAAAUUUCAUUUUUUUUUAAAAAUAAGUUAUUUACGAUGAAAAGGAUAAUGUUAUGAACACAUUCAAGAGUGCAGUUUAAGUGUUUGAACACAUUUAAAGUUUGCAGAGAAACCCUACAUACUGGACACAUUCAAGAUGACAAAAUCCUCCCCCCCCCCCAACCCGGUUGCAGGGUGACACACAGUUGACACAAUGGAGGAAACUUGUAAAGCGGUGUCAAACUGUUGUCGGACUUAGAUCGCCGACCCGGUAAACCCGAUUACUCGCUGUGUGAUUGAUUUGUGCCUGUCACACCUGUCACAUCCGUUGGAUGUAGGCGUGUUCAUGCUGUUGACAUUCCCCGCCUGGUCGCAUCAGAUAACUGGGGCACUCCAUACAUAAAAUGAAUAGAUUAACACAUUUCACAGAACUGGACACUCCAUACAUAAAUGACUAUAUUAACACAUUUCACAGAACUGGACACUCAGGACUAGAUUAAUCCUGAAUUAAUAUUCCCAGAAGGCCAAAAAUAUAUUUUAAUUAGAAUGGGAAUUUACUGCCUGAAGUACACGGUGUAAAAACUUCAACAUUUUUAUUUUUAAGCGAAUAGAAGUAAAAUUUUAAGACAAGACAUCCAAACUGACAUCCAUAACCACCGACGCAUCGGAGACCUUUUAGAAACCUGACAUCUCGUGUCCGCUUGAUCCCACGGGAACCAUGAGUACAACAUUGAGAAGGUACAAUCAUGUCUUAAAAUGAGAAUGUUGGACACAAGGCAACCACUAGUGUAAGAGUCGCAACAUUUGUAUCUCAUUCUCCCAGUGACAACAUUUCCUUCUCAUCCUCUUUUAUAAAACUUGGACUUGGUUUAAUUAGAAUGUUUGUUCUUCUUUCCAUGUGUCCUUCAUUUAUUAUGGUCCAUUUGAUGUUCGCCGAGGUAAGCGUUUGGCCGAUACGCUUUUAGUUUUCCGUGUUUUUCUUAUUUCCGUUUUUGAAAAAACAUUUCACCAGUCUUUCAAAAAUAAGCGUUAGGAAUUAAAAAGGAGAAAUCUAAUUAAUUAUUGAGACAAACUAAUCAUGUGCAGGACCAAAAUCUUGUUUGUACUUUUUCACUUCCUCAUGACAAAAACUCUCCAAUUACGCAUACAUUCGGAUUUGAAGAACCCAUUUUGUGAAUGACAAGAACCGAAACAAAUCUUAAUUGCGAGAUCGAACAAUGUCACUACCAUGGUUACAUCCACUCUGCAAGCGUUAGCCGCCAGGGGAAGUUAGAAUUCGUUUACAAUUGUUUCCCUUUAAUUACAAAUAAUUGCAGUAUUUAUACAUAAAACAUUUUAUUUUUCAAAUACAAUAGAUGUUUGUUAUACUGUUCCCAUCAAAAGAACCUUGUUUUACUGUUCCCAUCAAUGGUACCUUGUUUUAAUGGAACCUUGUUUUACUGUUCCAAUCAAUGGAACGUUGUUUUAAUGUUCCCAUUAAUGGAAUCUUGUUUUACUGUUCCCAUCAAUGGUACCUUUGUUUUAAUGGAACCUUGUUUAACUGUUUCCAUCAAUGGAACCUUGUUUACGGUUCCCAUCAAGGGAACCUUGUUUUAUUGUUCCUAUCAGUGGAACCUUCUUUUAUUGUUCCCAUCAAGGGACCUUGUUUGAUCGUUCCCGUCUAUUGAACCUUGUUCCACCGUCCCUAUCAAUCACACUGUCUCGUGUGUACAAGUGGAAAUUACUUUUCUUUUGAAAAAUAAAAUUAAAUUGAAAAAAAAAUUAUCAACCACAAAAAAAAAAAAAAAAAAAGUAAUUCAUUGAAUGUUCGGAACAAUCAGCUCUUUGUCGAUUUUGACAGUUCGUUAAGAAGUCAGUUUAAUAAAUGUCCUUCAAUCAGGUGUUGACAUUAAUGAGUAAUAACCAUAGUAUCCAAUGCCAAGUCCUAGACGUGUAAUUCAAGCUACGCGUUUUUGGUCAUCUCAAAUUGAACGCUAUAAAUAAUUUCUCUCUGAGCAACACGUCAACGUCCACUGAUUAAUACAAUGAAAGGGCACGGAAAAAAAAGGGGGGGGAGGGAGAGAGAAUGUGAAAUUGUAUCUGUAGAAGGGGAUUCUAUAGAGGGAGAAGGGGGGUAGGUGCCCCUGAUGUGUAGCAACCGCUGUAAGGAAGUGGAACAGACAUAACUGCUUGAGGGAAUCUGGUGUUUUUUCCAAAACUAGAUCCAACUGGCUGAAACCGGAGUAGACGAUAGGAUGCCAUGAUCCUGUACGUAUAGCCUAGCGACAAUAACGUCUGAAAUCCGAAAGGCAGCACCCACCUCUCUCCAAAAAAAAAAAAAAAAUUAACUUCGCCCAUUAGCACUGGUUGAGGAUGAGCAGGCUGUCCCCCCCCCCCCCAAUAUUGCAAUUUUCUGGAGGUGGGGGGGGGGCUUAUCGGUGCACAAAUGAUGUGUAUAGCUAAUGCUUGAUGGGUCUUAUGAAUGUUUUCUGGUGGGUUCCGGAAAGGGGGCCGUUUGUAAUUGAGAGGCGGUAAAGUCAAACUAGGGGCGUUACAAUCUCUGGCUACACAUCAUUGUUUCCUUAAACUAGAGCAAUCCUCAUCCUUCCUUUGACACACUCCGUGUAUCUUAUUCAUAGCAAUCCUCAUCCUUCCUUUGACACACUCCGUGUAUCUUAUUCAAAGCAAUCCUCAUCCUUCCUUUGACACACUCCGUGUAUCUUAUUCAUAGCAAUCCUCAUCCUUCCUUUGACACACUCCGUGUAUCUUAUUCAAAGCAAUCCUCAUCCUUCCUUUGACACACUCCGUGUAUCUUAUUCAUAGCAAUCCUCAUCCUUCCUUUGACACACUCCGUGUAUCUUAUUUAUAGCAAUCCUCAUCCUUCCUUUGACACACUCCGUGUAUCUUAUUCAUAGCAAUCCUCAUCCUUCCUUUGCCACACUCCUUCCUUUGACACACUCCUUCUUUUGACACACUCCUUCCUUUGACACACUCGGUGUAUCUUAUUCAUAGCAAUCCUCAUCCUUCCUUUGACACACUCCUUCCUUUGACACACUCCUUCCUUUGACACACUCCUUCUUUUGACACACUCCUUCCUUUGACACACUCCGUGUAUCUUAUUCAUACCACUCCGCAUCCUUCCUUUGACACACUCCUUCCUUUGACACACUCCUUCUUUUGACACACUGCUUUCUUUGACACACUCCUUCUUUUGACACACUGUUUCCUUUAACACACUCCUUCCUUUGACACACUCCUUCUUUUGACACACUCCUUCCUUUGACACACUCCGUGUAUCUUAUUCAUACCACUCCGCAUCCUUCCUUUGACACACUCCUUCCUUUGACACACUCCUUCUUUUGACACACUGCUUCCUUUGACACACUCCUUCUUUUGACACACUGUUUCCUUUAACACACUCCUUCCUUUGACACACUGCUUCUUUUGACACACUCCUUCCUUUGACACACUCCUUCCUUUGACACCCUCCUUCCUUUGACCCAAUCCUUCCUUUGACACACUGUUUCCUUUAACACACUGUUUCCUUUAACACACUGUUUCCUUUAACACACUGUUUCCUUUAACACACUGUUUCCUUUAACACACUAUUUUGACACAUUCCUUCCUUCGACACACUCCGUCUAACGUAAUCAUAGCAGCUCAAAGAGGGAUGGCCCACCGGCACCCAACUCUUCGUUUGAUAAGAUCUGGGUCGUCAUCAUCAGAACACGAAAAGUGACCAGUGUUCUGGCAUCGAUUGAUUCAUUUCUGACCUCCGCCCUGUCUGGCUGAAACUUUCCCAGUCUGGUCUGUUUGUUCUGUGGUCAGCGUUACCGGCCUAUUGGUUCUGUGUUCAACGUCACUGGCUUGUUGGUUCUGUGGUCAACAUGACUGGCCUACAGUUUGUGGUCAAAAUGACUGGCCUUUUGGUUCUGUGAUCAACAUAACACUAUGUCCUGUUAGUUCUGUGGCCAACAUAUUGCAGCUUGUAUUAUUGGAUUCUUUGGCCAACAGACGACAAACUUUCUUAUGGGUUUCUUAGGCCAACAGAUGACAUCCUGUCCUUUUUUUUUUUUUGGGCCAGCAAAUGACCGCAUGUUCUAUUUGGUUUCUUUGGCCAACAGAUUACAGCAAGUCCUAUUCAGUUUCUUUGUCAAACAUAUUGCCAGCCUGUCAUAUUUGAUUUUGGGCCUGGGCUGUGGUCGGUGAUUUUGUCAGGACAUAUUCUCUAUGUAUCUAAGAACUUAGUUUGACCCCCCCCCCCCCCCCCCCAUUUUGUUUCCACUCGUGUCUGUAGAUUGAUCCCCUUGUCUUUAGUCUGACCCCCUUGUCUGUAGUCUGACCCAUUGUCUGUAGUCUGACCCCUUUGUCUGUAGUCUGAUCCAUUGUCUGUAGUCUGACCCCCUUGUCUGUAGUCUGACCGGUUGUCUGUAGUCUGACCCAUUGUCAGUAGUCUGACCCCCUUGGCUGUAGUCUGACCCGUUGUCUGUAGUCUGACCCCAUUGUCUUUAGUCUGACCCGUUGUCUGUAGUCUGACCCCCUUGUCUGUAGUCUGACUCGUUAACUGUAGUCUGACCCCCUUGUCUGUAGUCUGACCCGUUGUCUGUAGGCUGACCCCCUUGUUUGUAGUCUGAUACGUUGAUUUUAGUCUGACCCCCAUUUCUUUAGUCUGACCGCCUUGUCUGUAGUCUGAUCCCCUUGUCUCUAGUCUGACCCGUUGUCUGUAGUCUGACCCCCUUUGUCUGUAGUCCGACCACUUUGUCUGUAGUCUUCCCCACUUAUCCUUUGUCUGCCCCCCUACUCUGUAGUCUCUCCUCCCCCUUCUGAUCCCCUUGUCUCUAGUCUGACCCGUUGUCUGUAGUCUGACCCCCUUUGUCUGUAGUCCGACCACUUUGUCUGUAGUCUUCCCCACUUAUCCUUUGUCUGCCCCCCUAAUCUGUAGUCUGUGCUCCCCCCCCCCAUCUCUUAUCUGUAGCCUCACCAAUCUUGCUGUCAACGCUUUCUGACCAAAUCAGAAUAUCCAUUUUAAUUACCGUGCCAAAGUCAGACUUUUUUCUUUCCUUUUGUAAGUGACUUGCUUUUUAGCAUUCUCUUCUAUCAUUUAUUUCAUUACAAGUCCACUUUAACAGCUCAUAAAACAUUGCGUCAGAUGGGCCCAUAAAGAGUUUCUGAGAUUACUGUGAUUGUUUGGCCUAGAUUUUUGCUUGAUCGGUCCUAAAUUGUCUGGGUCCAGGCCCUCUCGCUAACGAUGCUAAAAUUAGAAAAUAAUGGAGGACAUGUUGUGGGAAUAUUAUUUUAUUCAUUCAAUGGUCCAGAUGUGUCAAACUGAAUAUUUUUUGUUAAUGGAGUGACUGAUGUUCCUGGAUAUAUUUAUGGUAGCAAUCAGAUUUAUUUUACUCCAAGAGUCCUUGAUUUUGCCGCCCCUAAAUAACGAAAACCGAAUUGCUAACUGAAUAAAAAUGAAAAGUAAGAAUAAUGAUCUUGCGCAAUAAUAAGUGCCAGUGUGUAUCCCCCCCCCCCCCAAUCUCCCUCGCUGUAGCUGUUUUCCCGUCUGAUGGCCUCUAUAUUUGUUUUCCCGUCUUUUUGUCUCUAUAUUUGUUUUCUUGUCUGUUGGCCUCUAUAUUUGUUUUCCCGUCUGUUGGUCUCUAUAUUUGUUUUCCCGUCUGAUGGCCUCUAUAUUUGUUUUCCCGUCUUUUUGUCUCUCUAUUUGUUUUCUUGUAUGCUAGUCUCUAUAUUUGUUUUCCCGUCUGUUGGUCUCUAUAUUUCUUUGCCCGUCUGUUGGUCUCUAUAUUUCUUUGCCCGUCUUUUGGUCUCUAUAUUUGUUUUCCCGUCUGUUGGUCUCUAUAUUUGUUUUCCCGUCUGUUAGUCUCUAUAUUUGUUUUCCCGUCUGUUGAUCUCUAUAUUUGUUAUAUUUGUUUUCCCGUCUGUUGGUCUCUAUAUUUCUUUGCCCGUCUGUUGGUCUCUAUAUUUAUUUGCCCGUCUUUUGGUCUCUAUAUUUGUUUUCCCGUCUGUUGGUCUCUAUAUUUGUUUUCCCGUAUGUUGGUCUCUAUAUUUGUUUUCCCGUCUACUGGUCUCUCUUUUUGUUUUCCCGUCUGUUGGUCUCUAUAUUUGUUUGCCCAUCUGUUGGUCUCUAUAUUUGUUUUCCCGUCUACUGGUCUCUCUUUUUGUUUUCCUGUCUGUUGGUCUCUAUAUUUGUUUUCCCGUCUGUUGGCCUCUAUAUUUGUUUUCCCGUCUGUUGGUCUCUAUAUUUCUUUGCCCGUCUGUUGGUCUCUAUAUUUGUUUUCCCGUUUGUUGGUCUCUAUAUUUGUUUUCCAAUCUGUUGGUUUCUAUAUUUGUUUUCCCGUCUUUUGGUUUCUAUAUUUGUUUUUUUUACCGUCUGUUGGUCUCUAAGGUCUUUUUCCCUUCUUUUGGUUUCUAUAGCUGUUUUCCAAACUGUUGAUCUCUAUAGUCGUUUUCCCCUCUGUUGUUCUCUAUUGUAGUUAUUUUCAUCUGUUUGUCUCUAUGUUUGUUUUCCGUCUGUUGGUCUUUAUAAUUGUUUUCCCGUCUGUUGGUUUCUAUAGUUCCCCCCCCCCCGUGCUUUGGUCUCUCUAUUUUUUUUUCCGUCUCUUGGUCUCUAAAGCUGUAUUUUUCCAAACUGUUGGUCUCGAUAGCUGUUUUCCCGUCUGUUGGUCUUAAUGUAUUUCUUCAUUCUGGUCUCAAUAUAUUUGAUAAAGGUGACAUAAGCUUGUAGUUCAAUCAUCUAUUCUACCACGUCGCAGCGGCGACGCAACACUGUUAGAGCCGUACGGGGCAGACGACAAUGUUUGCCAAUCCCUUCAACGAAACAACUCUAAACUCUCCCGAAAAUGACUCCCCUUAAAAAUAAAUAUAAUACCAAAAGUAUCUCCGUUGAACACCGCCCCCCCCUUUUUCGCCCCCACCCCCCUUCCUACGUCAAUGCCCUGUUCUCAUUGAUCUUGUUGAGCCGCAGUGUUAAGGGAGGCCAUUUCCACAACGACCACUAGCUCAAACUAAAUUCUUUUGAGUAUAACUUUCAACAUCUGUUUGUACUGAUGUGGUCCUUUCCCUCACUCCGUGUAACAGCUGACCUGUUAACAUACGGGACCAGCUGUUGAGGGGACACAACCAUAAAUGAUUUGAAUUCAAACCAACACUCUUUAUUUUCCAGGCAAGGGGGGGGGGACUUAAGUGACACCUGGGUUACGGCUAUAAGCGUUCGACUAGGAUACGACCAACGGGUGAUCGGCACAAUUAUUGCUUAAAGCCUUAAAUGUGUUUCGUGGGCAGCGGACAUGUCAUUCAGUGAGCAGGCGGCGAGUUUUGGGGGGGGGGGGGGGAGGACGCGCGAAAUAUAUUAAAGUUUUUUCUUUUUUUUUUAAAAUCAGUUUUUGAUUCAAAAAUUUAUUUUUUGGGAGGACUCGCGAAAUAUAUUAAAGUUUUUUCUUUAUUUUUUAAAAUCAGUUUUUGAUUCAAAACUUUAUUUUUUAAAGUUAUAUAUAUAUUUUUUUUUUUUUCUGCUCGACGGCCAGUAAACUUUAAAUGAGCAGUCAUUGAGCAGUAGGAGCACACCAUCAUUACGACCAAAAAGCUUUGAAUGAACAGCCAUUGACCAAUCAAAGCACACCAUCAUUACGACCAAUAAUCUUUGAAUGAGCAGCUAUUGACCAAUCAGAUCACAGCAUCAUUAAGACCAAUAAGCUUUGAAUUAACCGCCAUUGACCAAUCAGAGCACAACACCAUUACCACCAAUAAGCUUUAAAUGAGCAGCUAUUGACCAAUCCGUGCAAAGCACCAUUACGACCAAUAAACUUUGAAUGAACGUCCAUUGACCAAUCCAAGCACAGCUUCAUUUUUUUAGAGAUUUGAACCCAUUUAUAGAUGUGAGAAGGAUGUCUUCUUGUAUUGAAGAUGUUAUUGUGCUCGAUCCAUGAUUUCUAGAUAUGACAACUACAUCACUUAGAGAUGACAUACAGAUGGCAUAUAAAUGACAUAUAGAUCAAAAAGAUUACAGUUUCUUGCAAUACUAGUAUUUUCAGUAACAGGUUGGCACGUCAUUUAAUCCGGCAAUAAAUUCAAUGCCGAAAACUAAGUUUUUUAAACUAAUUUCCAUUUCUUUUUUCUUUUUUUUUAAUGUCCGGUCUGCUGAGCAAUGCUCUUAGCCGAAAAGUUAUUCUUUUAUUGUCCUGUCUUUCUUUUUCAAGCUUCCACAUACCUUCUCCGUCCAUUUCCUUCCCCUUCAUACUAGCAUGAUCGCCUAUUUCACAAUUAUUUGAUCACCGAUGUAGGUGAGGACAUGAUGGUCAAAUGUGAAAAAUGUGUCCUCCUUAGAGAGACCCAUUUCAAACAACAAUAGCCCCACACAUUUUUUUUGGACCCCUCAGAGAACACGUUGCAGCUGGAGCGAUGCCACGGCGACAAACGCACAUACGCUGUAAUUUUUACGGCCAUUUUAGUACUGUUACCUUUGGUGCAUAAUGUAGUUUUAAAAUUUAAUUUUAAAAGUGAACUUCAUUAAUUUGUGCAACAUAAUAUCAAUAACGGCUUUCUCUCUUUUUUUCCCCAGACUCACUUCAAGGAGUUUUCAACUGAACUGUGGAUAUUUUAUACUCGGAGUUUCACGGCGGAUAACUAGCCAAAUUCAUAAAAUUAUUUGGAUUUAUCAGCCCUGGUCGCCAUCAUUGUUUAGGAUACAGGUUACCUUUAUUAUCUCCUCUUGAAACAAAAUGUCUGGAGACUGGCAACAUGGCCUCUUCGGCUGUUUCGACAACUUCGGUCUCUGCAUCAUCUCCUACUUCGUGCCGUGCUACACUUUCGGCAAGAACUCCGAGGCCAUCGGUGAGUCGUGCUGCACGUGCGGCGUGGCCUAUCUCGUGCCGAUCGUCAACCUGGUGGCCGCCAUUAAAAUUCGAGGGAAAAUCCGCGAGCAGCGGGGAAUCCCAGGCUCAACCUUCAACGAUCUGCUGUUGAUCUGCUGCUGCCCCCUGUGUGCCUUAGUGCAGGAAGCGCAAGAAGUUCAGGUCCCGGGAGUCCAAUCCAUGGCCAGGGAAUAACGAUGACGACAUCCAUGAUCCGGUCACUGUCUGACACAUUAACAACUACAACUACACCAUGCGGCAGUGAUGCAGAUUGCACCAGAUUCGGUGUGGACUUUCGGGGAUGUGCGCAAAUUUGUGGAAGGAAAAACGAUUCCAACUACUGAGAAUGGCGGUCUCUUACACUAUUGAAAUUUGAACAAUCCUUUUCUUGUGCUGCUUACAAACCAUUAUUUCUGAGGCUCUUGGAUAUUGGACGUGUGACGUCAUUUAUGAAUGUCUUAAACUUUUUUUUAUUAUUUGCAUCAUUUCUCAUAAGAAGUAACUUGUUGGAGUAGCUUUGACCUCAUAAUCGAUCGUAGCCUAGUCAUUUUUUUAAAGUAUACUUUGAGAACCAUUGCUUAGCAUGUGUCAGGGACUUAGUCUCUUUGCGGACAAGCGGUAGGAAUGAAAUAGACGCACCCUUCUGACGACAGAAGACCUGGCGCAACAGAUGUACCACUCACUCUAUUGUAAGAAGACAUGAUAUGACCGAGACUUAUACCUCUAUUGACGUAGGAUAUAGUAUGGCCAAGACUUACCUGUAUAUUGACAUAAUAGCAAAUUUUCUUGAUCAGACAUUGUGCUUUCUUUCACAUGCUUAAUCAUUUAAACAUUGAAAACAGCAGUGUCUUAAAUUUACGUCUUUUUUAAAAAUAAAUGUUCUUCAUAAAUUUUGAAUGUUCAUGAAUGUGCUAAAAACUUAAAGUUACGCUGUGUCAAAUUUUUCACCAACAUUAAUUAGAUCCUGCUAACACCAUUUCACUUAAAAGACCUCGUCAACCAUCUUGUCAUGUCAUUUCACUUAAAAGACCUCGUCAACCAUCUUGUCAUGUCAUUUCACUUAAGGCCUUGUCAACCAUCUUGUCAUGUCAUUUCACUUAAAAGACCCCGUCAACCACCUUGUCAUGUCAUUUCAUUUAAGGCCUUGUCAACCGUAUUGUCAUGUCAUUUCACUCAAGGCCUUGUCAACCAUCUUGUCAUGUCAUUUCACUUAAGGUCUUGUCAACCAUCUUGUCAUGUCAUUUCACUCAAGGCCUGGUCAACCAUCUUGUCAUGUCAUUUCACUUAAGGCCUUUUCAACCAUCUUGUCAUGUCAUUUCACUUAAGGCCUUGUCAACCAUCUUGUCAUGCCAUUUCACUCAAAGCCUUGUCAACCAUCUUGUCAUGUCAUUUCACUUAAGGCCUUGUCAACCAUCUUGUCAUGUCAUUUCACUUAAGGCCUUGUCAACCAUCUUGUCAUGUCAUUUCACUUAAGGCCUCGUCCAACAGUUCCUGCUACAAGAUUACAAGCGUAGGAUAUAUUUACAAAAGCUUUAAUUGACAAUUAUAAGCUUUGCUAUUGCUUUGUCAUUGCGUGAUGUCAUGAAGCAAAACAUGCCCAUUACGUAAUGAACUUAUUAAAACAAGUGUCAAGAACCAUUUCACACCCGCUUCUGUUGAUCUAAUUCAAUAAAUCUCCCGUAAGAACAUGACAUUAGCCUGAGGAAAACAUUACCUACAAUAAAGGACUUUCUCUGAUAGCUUUUGGGUGUCUGCUGGAGAGUGAUGAGAGUAACAUCUGAAAAUUAGGUCAAAUCAUUGAAAACAACAGUUUAAGCAAAUUUGAACCCCUCCCCCCACCAACUGACACCCCCACCCUCACCCCACACCUUCUUUUUCCUCACAAAGCCGAAGAGUGUGUAACACAAAACUUACUCUGGCAUCCCACAUUUAAACAAUCACCUGGCCACAUUUGAAAUAAAUGAUAAGAGCUGUUUUCUGCUUUGACCUUUUUUCCCUCUAUGCAAAAAAAUAAACAACAUUUUCAUAUAGUUAUUUAAAUUUUAAAAAAAAUUCCAUACGAUAUGUGUUUAAAUAAACAAUUUUUUGGUGAGUUUAUGACAGAUCUAUAGUAACUGUUUAUAUCUCUUAUAUCUUUUCAUUUUACAUUUUUCAUUUUCUAAUGCAAUGAUAUUAUGCAGGAUAUUUUAAAAAAGCAAAAAUGGAUAGAUACGUAGCCAUUUUGUUCUUGGCUGCUUUAACGCCCACAAGGGGGACCGUCCAUGAAAUAGAUCACACUAUUUUUGGACAUUUAUUACCCUCUCCCUCACCCCGUCACAAUCUGUCACAAAUACCCACCCCACCCCCGCACAUACCUACUCCAAAGUUUAUAAGUAAAAAAAAAUUAUUUUUUUUUUAAAUUUAAAAACGUGUAAAAAUUUUUCUAAAGCACGUUUCACAGUUCAACUAUUCAAUUUAUACUGUCACAUUAGAAACUUCAACAAUACCGUCAAUUUUAGGUUUUACAUGUAUGAUAGAAAAAUUUAAAAUGUGUGACAUUACACAAGAUCUUUACACCAUCCCCCCCCCCUAACCCUUCCGAGUCACAAAGUGUCACACUUUCUUAGUCUCUCCCCCCAACUCUCCAUCUUCGGAGCGUAAUGUACUUUAUGGAGGGGCCCCAAGAAAUAUUGAUUUGAAGGCAAGAAGUUAGAACAUUUCUUAAGGCAACAGGUUUUGGCAGCGCUCAUGUACAUCGGUGGAUGAAAAGUGACUUACAAUAGCGUGGUUGUAUAGUUUUAAAAUUUAUGUAUUUAUUAUUUUUUUUUAAAAAGGGGGGGGGUGUUGGUGGCUAGUGGGUUUGGGGGAGGGGGAUUCUAUGAUCGUUUGUUUUUACUAAUCUUUAGACAGUUGUCAAAUUGACAUCCCCCACCCCCCGGAGCUUCAGCAGAGAGAUUUAAAAUAGUAAAUACCCCUUCAUUUUCUUAUACACGCUCAAAUUUUUUGCAGCUCAAACAGCUCCUAAAUUCUGUCUCUCCAUUUGUACCUAUGUCUGUACCUGUCUCUAUCUAUGUAUCUAUAUCGUUUGAUUGCUCUAGGGGGAAAACACAAACAAACCUCUUUAAAAUGUAUUGCUCAAACUGUGCAGGAUUUUCUUCAAGAAAAAACCAAACUCGCACUAUUUACUAUUUGCGGGAGUUGGCAACAAGCAUCAAGUUAACUACAUGUAUACAUGGUGAGUUGCCAUGACGACUCUAGCGAACUGUUUUUAUACAUGGUGAGUUACCAUGACCUCUCUAGCUAAGUGUUUGUAUACAUGGUGAGUUGCAAUGACGACUCUAGCUGUUUGUAUACGUCAUGAGUUGCCAUGAAGAUUCUAGCUAAGUGUUUGUAUACAUUGUGAGUUGCCAUGAAGACUCUAGCUAAUAGCUUACGUACAAGUGUUGUUGAAUUAUAUUUCUCUCAAUUUUUUUUUAAAUCUAAAAACAUAAAAUAAAAAACCUGUCAUCGUACUAAGGUGUAUCAGAAUUAUGUUAAUACAACAAAAU